UUUUAAGUACAAGUUGACAAGGAAUGCUUUUUCAGCCCAGUAGGAGUCAGCUAUGUGCACGUCACAAGACUUGGAGGAAACCCACUAAUCCUCCUAUUUUCUUCUACUAAGUUGAAAAAGCUGCAAUUGGGAGGGACCCUCAGAUAGCUCUUGUGGCUCAUUCUAUCCCUUUGGAGUUGACCUAUGAAUGUGUUGCAGGGAAAAAAUCAUCACAUAGCCUCCUUUCAACUGUUUAAAUUACAGGGAGGAGCAACCUUAAGAAAAAGAUCGAAACAAAAUGACAGCUUCUCAGUUUGACUGUCAAUACUGCACAACAUCACUUCUUGGGAAGAAGUUUAUGCUGAAGGAUGGCAACCCAUACUGCCUUUCCUGUUACGAUCGUGUCUUUUGUAACUACUGUGAGGAGUGCAAAGAAACAAUUGAAUCAGAUUCCAAGGAUCUUUGUUACAAAGGCCGGCACUGGCACAAAAGAUGCUUCAACUGUGCCAAGUGCAAUCACUCUUUGGUGGAAAAGCCUUUUGUGGCCAAGGACGAGCGCCUGCUGUGCUCGAAGUGCUAUUCUAAUGAGUGCUCCUCCAAGUGCUUCCACUGCAAGAAGACCAUCAUGCCUGGUUCCCGCAAAAUGGAAUUUAAGGGCAACUACUGGCAUGAAACCUGCUUUGUGUGUGAGCAUUGCCGACAGCCAAUAGGAACUAAACCUUUGAUUUCUAAAGACAGUGGCAAUUACUGUGUGGGGUGUUUUGAGAAGGAGUUUGCUCACUACUGCAGCUUCUGCAAGAAGGUGAUAACUUCAGGUGGGAUAACGUUUCGUGACCAACCAUGGCAUAAGGAGUGUUUUCUGUGUAGUGGCUGCAGGAAGGAGCUCUGUGGAGAAGAGUUCAUGUCAAGAGAUGACUAUCCAUUCUGCUUGGACUGCUACGACCAUCUUUAUGCCAAAAAGUGUGCGGCCUGCACCAAGCCCAUUACCGGUCUCAAAGGUGCCAAGUUCAUCUGCUUUCAAGACCGCCAGUGGCACAGCGAAUGCUUUAACUGCGGGAAGUGCUCAGUCUCCUUGGUGGGAGAAGGCUUCCUCACCCAGAACAAGGAGAUCUUCUGCCGCAAAUGCGGUUCUGGGGCGGACACUGGCAUCUAGAGGGAGGCAGUCCUUCCCUGCCUGAAAUCACCUUGGUUUUGUUCUCACUAAAUCCAGAACUUGGUUGAAGUCGUAUUUCUGACUUAAGUUUUAGAAAAUAUUCAUGUAGAGUUCUUAACAGAAGGAUUUGGCAAACACUCUGAUUGAACUGUAUAAUAAUUAGAGCACAAAAGAGCACAGUCUUACAGAAAGGAAUAUAUAUUAAGUCACAAAGUCACCUCUCCUUGCAAAAUACUGCACUCUGCUGUUAGAAAUGUGGGAAAUUAUCUCUUUUUUGUAAUCAGGUAUAUGACCUAACCAGAAAAGUCAUGGAUGUUAUUACAGAAGACAGAUGUUUCCCAAAACUGCAGAGUAAAAAUGAAAUAAAGAGAUCAAAUUAAAAGGCAUAUGUUUGCAUUCCCACCAAGCCA